AUGGGAUCGGAAGCAGUACUCGAUCGGAAUUCCUCACCGACACUUCCGCUGUUCUCAUUUCAACCCAUGCAGUCACCAGAGCACUCAGGGAUGCUAACGCCACUCCACACGUUAGCUUCGGUUCCGUUCCGGUGGGAGGAAGAGCCUGGUAAGCCACGACCACCCUGCAGCACCACCACCCACAUCACUGUCCAUCCCAACAACAAGGGACCCAAGUGCUUAAAGCUACCUCCAAGGCUGUUGUUUAAGGCCAAGAGUAUUAAAAAUAUACACUCGCCCACAACUGUCCUUGACAAAACCAAUAUCUCUGCUGCACCUUCAUUCAGAAUUAUAAGUAAGCGUGAGUUGUGUUUGGACAGUAAGAAUAUGGGUCAUGAGAGAGGGCAGACUGGUACAAUGAUUCUCGGCAAGAAAUUAUAUAAAGAGACCAAGAGCAGAGGAUUGUUUGGUUCUUGGGGCCAAAAGAACCCUAAACUUGAGGAUGAUGGUAAAAAGAGAGUUGGUGGGGGUUGUUUUGUCUUUCCAUCUUCCAUGGACAUAGCAGGUUGCGAUGAUGGCGAGACUGGCGGCGGUACAAGGAUGAAGAUGGCUAGGAUUAUAGGGAAUGGAAGCUGUUCCCCUCUCUCUCAUGCAAAAUCUCAAUUCCGGGCAGCUGCAUAUGAGGUCUUUAAGAAAGUCAUUUCAUGGAGAAGAAAAUCGAACAAAGAUGGGUUUUCCAUAUAA